CAGGCCCCGCGCGGCGCCUGCGCGCUAGGUGACCUUCCCGAGUCGUCGGCUGUGCGGGUUGUGGUGGCCUGAGCCGUUGGUCCUGCGCCGAGACUUACACGGACGCACUGGGCACCCAUUUGACCUUUGAAUAGGAUGGGGCUUUGAAGGAACGCGGGCGAGAAACCCCACACACAGAGCUGGGAAAUGUGGCUGGACAGAGGGGACUCAGAUGCUUCAAAGCCUUAUCAAAAAUGUUUGGGUCCCCAUGAAGCCCUACUAUACCCAAGUUUACCAGGAGAUUUGGGCAGGAAUGGGGUUGAUGGGCUUCAUCGUUUAUAAAAUCAGGAGUGCUGACAAAAGAAGUAAAGCUUUGAAAGCUUCGAGUCCUGUGCCUGCGCAUGGUCAUCAUUAACCAGCUUUACUUGGAGUGCGCAUCAGAUGGAAUGUCAGUCUGGCUGUAAAUUUCAACAAGCUAUGUUAGAUGAACACAUGGAACAUCGCUGUACACUUAUAGGAGUGCCGAUUCCUCAAGGCCUGAAUAAAUGUACCUGUGAGAUGCACCCCUGCCUGCCCUGGGUUUCCCCCGGCUCCUCUGCGUGUGCGUCGUACCCUGAGUAGAGCUCUGUAGCGCAGCGGGUGCAGUCAGGUCUCACAGCCGUCCACCCUCAGGAAACCUGAGGAACUGAAGGAUAAAUAUCUCGAUUGCCGUGGGAGUUGGGGUCAGACCCAGGCACUCAAACUUCUGAUGUUCAAUAAAUAGUUGUUAAACAGGU